AUGGAUGUCGCGACCUGCGUCCCACUGCGCUCCUGGCCGCUGCACUGUCCGCAGGUCAGUGAUUCUGUUCGAGUGUUCACUUCAAUAGGCAGGAGGUACGACCGCAAGGGACAGAGCUUGAUGUACAUCCUAGGCUGUCCCACUUCUCGAGACGCUGUCUCGACGACGAGGUACGUCUUCAGCCACGCAGAGACACUGGGGUCGUGCUGCUCCGUGGUGCCGCCGCCAGACGCCGGCCAGGACGAGGUGCUGGACCUGUGCCUGAGGAGGCGGCGCGACGCCUGUCCGCCGCCCCCGGCCUCGCCGCCGCCGCCGCCGCCGCUCAGCCCCCAGGAGCAGCAGGAGCUGGUCUUCUCGCCCAUCCUGGGCGCGCACAACAAGGGCGCCCGCCCCACCAGGCCCUUCAAGGCCUACCCCAAGAACCCGCUCAGCAUGGCGGCCACGGAGAGCCUGCUGGGCUACGGCUCCAGCGAGGCGUACCUGCAGUUCCGGCGCCGCAUGCUGGAGCAGCUGCAGGCCUCCUCCGGGGGCGGCGCGUCCCGGCCGGCGGGGGCGGCGCGCGCCCCGGGCAGCCCCCUGCAGCAGCCCUCCGGCAAGAGCGCCGCCUACUGGGAGCGGAGGAGGAAGAACAACGAGGCGGCCAAGAGGUCGCGCGACGCGCGGCGGGCCAAGGAGGACGAGCUCGCCAUCCGCGCCGCCUUCCUGGAGCAGGAGAACCUCAAGCUGCGCUACGAGGUGACGGCGCUGCGCACCGAGACCUCCAAGCUGCGCUACCUGCUGUUCAACGGCACGGACCGCCCCGCGCAGCCGCAGCAGCAGCAGCAGCAGCAGCAGGUGGACCUGUCGCUCAGCAGCAGGUGGACGUGCCGCACCUCGCCCGCCUCCCAGCAGCCGCUCAUAGACCUGGCCUUCAGCAACAACAGGUAG